AGUAAAUGCAAUUUGGAGUACAGAAAAUAGAAAAUUUAUUGCGGAGGUCCUGUUUUAUUUCUAAAGCUUGGAAAUGAUACUGCUGAGGCUCUUGACAGUGUUUCUGCUGUGGAUGUGUUGUACUACACCUACAGCUUCUGCCGGAGCAGCUUGUGAAGACCCGCCUGUCAUUGAUUUUGGUGAAAUUGCUAGUGGGGAUAAAUCAGGAUAUGAGGAAAAUGACAGAGUGCAGUACAUGUGCAACCCUGGGUACACUCUGUCAGGCUCAGAAUGGGUGACGUGCCAUGAAAAAGUCUGGACACCUGGACCACCACAGUGUUUGGCACCAUGUACCAUUACAAAACAGCAACUGGAAGCCAGAAAACUACUUCUCUCCCACAGCCGCAUACGCACGUUUUUGAUUCAAAGUGGUCAGAAGCUGGAAUUUAUGUGCGUGACAGGAUAUAAACUCACAGGCAGUUCUGUGGGGAACUGUGUUAAUGGGCACAUGGAUUUUCCUUCAUGUGUCUCUGAUGUGACGUGUGAACCACCUGCCGAAAUUGUUGGUGGUAAAAUUCAAGGUGUUAAAAAGUCCAGGUAUUUGCCUGGGGAGCGAGCUCAGUAUCAAUGCUGGCGAGGUUUUCAGAUGACUGGGGAUUCCACGGUAGCCUGUCAGAACGGGACCUGGACAAAGCUGCCAACAUGCACAGGGAGAGGUGAUAAAUGCGGCCCACCUCCAGCUAUCGAGAACGGCGACUUUCUUUCAUUCCCACUGCGAGAGUAUGCACCAGGUUCCACUCUGGAGUACAAGUGUGCAAGUUUCUACACCCUAGAAGGACCUCGAUACAUUACAUGUGCUAUGGGGCAGUGGACAAAUCCCCCAGUCUGUUUAGUGGCAUGUACGGCAUCUGAAGAGGAUAUGGACAGAAAUAAUAUUGAGCUGAAAUGGAUCUCAGGAAACAAGCUGUAUUCAAGAUCUGGUGAUUUUAUUGAGUUUCAGUGUAAAAUAGGAUAUGUGCCGGACCCAGCAUCUUCUCCAUUCAGAGCACAGUGCAUAGAGGGGACGCUGGAGUAUCCACACUGCAAGCCGGGUCGGAGGUGUACGGUGCUUGAGAGUGAUAUGGAGGACAACAAUAUUAAGCUACAGCCAAGAAUGUCAAGGAGGUCCAGCUAUCUCUCUGGGGAAUAUAUUUACUUUGAAUGCAGAUCGUGGUGGCACCGAAGAACUUCGAACUAUGAAGAAUUUAGCGUACGGUGCUUGGACGGAGUUUUCAAGUAUCCUAGAUGUGACAGUCCCUGGGGAUAAACGGAAACGGCAUGAAGGCACCUGGUUGCAGAAGUGAAACAUGCCUCAACCAACCCGGUUACUAGAAUCCAGGCUUACACGGGAUUUUCUGGUUCGCUGUGCUUUGUCAGUAGCUUAGGCAGUGCUCUGUGUUUGAAUUCCUGAUACAGUGCUUUCUUUUUAAUGAUGUUGGCUGAUUGCGUUUCUAUUUCCUUUUUAACCGUUCUGUACUGAUUUCACUGCCACUUCUACUAACAAAAACAAUCGCGUCCUGAAACAGGCCGUCUUUGGUGUCCUACCGAGACAAGAAUUAAAGCCUGCAGGUAAUUUGAUA